UCCCCCUAGUGGAUAGAAAGAAAAAACGUCCAACAUCGAUGCAAAGUUUUCCUUCGUUUUUUGUAAAUCGGGUGCGGAUUUAUAGGAUUUACCCAUGUGAUUUUUUUCCCCAUCGUGUGGAAAUAACAUGUUUGCAUUAAAAACGAGAAGGACAUGUUCUUCUGUGUACCCUGCCAUUUACCGCACACCCCUCCUCAUAAACUGAAGACAGCGAGGUGAAGUUGUGGAUGAGUAGCGCGGACGGAGGGUGCACACAACAACGGGACUCGGCGAUUAAGACAUAAAUAAAAUAUUUUGUGUGUACGUGUUGGUAGGCCCCAGGAAGAAACAACUGCAGGGUGGCCAUCAGAGUGCACCAUGGGUCACUUCUCCAGCAAGGAAAGCCACGGGGCAUCAGGAGGUCAUCCAGAUGUCUUCCACACGCCUCCUACGUCGCCCACUAACGAAGGACCCGCCCUGGACCCCCUCCAAGUAAAAUGCGCCAGUUCACCCCUAUCCCCGCUCGUAGCCCAGGUGACCUGUCCACCCCCGGUCCCAGCCAAAACCCCCCUCCCACUGUGCACCGGGAAGAAAUCCCAGUUGGCCAACGCGCCGACCACACCUAUUCCACCCCCCGAUUGGAAGCCUCCAAUCCCGCCCUCCGCUCCUACGAGUGUCGUGAUUGGUGGACCUGGGGAAAGCCUCCUGGCCUCGCCUAAAGUACAGGGGGCCCCACCGGGGUGUAACGGGGGUCCCUCCAAUUCCACCCCGGCCCCCAGGGCCCAGGGCACCCAGCGGUGGGGGGGCACAGCGAGCCCAAUCGAUAGCCCCGUAGCGCUGGACAGCCCCGCUUCGCCUGACGCCAGCCGAGCGGACCGCCACUGGAGGGAGAUGGACAGCGGGCUGAGCCAGUCCCCAAGCAGGGAGGUCCCGGGGGAGGUGAUGGAGGCGACGCUGGAGCAGUGUCGGACCGCCCUGGGUCUCACUGAUGGAGCGCCUAGCACCACAGAGUUGCUGAAGUGUCUUUUGACCGAGAUCAACAGUCUGAGGACUAACUUGCAGACGGAGCGCAUGGAGUGGCUGCAGUUCCAGACUGACCUCCAGGUGGCGGUGGCGGUGGCGGACCGUCUGAGGGCUGAGGCCGAGGAGGACCUGUUGGCGCUGAGGGGGGCCCACAAGGAGGUGGAGAGGGAGCUGGCGUCCGCCCAUCAGAGGCAGAGGGAGGCCGACACGCAGCUGGAGUCUCUGAGGGGCGAUCUGAGCGAAAGUCGGAAGGAAUUGGCCGCCACCGCCGCCGCCCAGGCGCAUGGCAAAACACAGGCCCAGGCUUCAACGGAGGCCCGGGACAAGCCCGACUCUUGCACCAACAACCGCGGAGGCCUCGUGGGUACGGACAGGGGCAGGACGAGAAGCCUGCACGGACUAGGGCGAGAAGGGACGGCGAUCGGGAGUCUGAAUGGAACAGCGAAGCCCAACGCUGUCACUAAGGGGGAGGAGACUAAAACAGAAACUCGGGGUGUGGCUAGGAGAUACAUGAGAAAUGUGACCGGUGAGGGCGGGAGCAAAGAGACGAGUCGAACCAAUGAGACACGAAGGACGGGAACUACAGAAAGGUCAAGAAGUCUCUCCAGAAUAGCACUCUCCUUGGAUUCCCACGCGCCGCACAACGGAACCUCCCAGUCCAACUCUGGCACCACGGCCUCCUGUACAAACAAGAACUCGAACCAACUUAGAGUGCAGAGAAGCUUGGACUGGCCAGAGAGCUCCUCUGCGAACGCCGGGAAGCGGGAGGAGCUUCUGAACAAGUACAACUCCGCCCUCAGUGAACUGCCUCCCACCAAGUCCCAGGACGGCUUCAACAUGCUGCUGCGUCGUCACGGGGGUUCCAAGCGCAACUCGCUGCUGCGCUGGUGCCAGAACCGCACGCUGGGAUACAAGAACAUCGACCUCACCAACUUCAGCAGCAGCUGGGUGGACGGCUUGGCGUUCUGCGCCGUCUACCACACGUACCUCCCCUCUCACGUCCCCUACCCCAGCCUGAACCCGGAGAACAAGCGGGAGAACCUCAACCUGGCGUUCAAGACGGGCGAGAACGUCGGGAUCACGCGCUCACUGACGGCGGACGAGAUGCUGCGGGCGGGGGGACCGGACUGGCAGCGUGUGCUGAGCUACGUGGAGAGCAUGUACCGCCACUUUGAGAUGUGACCCGACAGCUCCCAGCCGCCACGGAGACGGACGGACUGACAUCCAGACUGAUGGACCAAUGACCACACGGAUGCUUCCCGAGACCGGUAGAAGGCGGACGAAACAAAUGUCUGCCGCGUCCACCUCAACCGGUAACUGAACACCUCUCUCUCAAGAGAUGUACACACCGACCACACCCUCCUGUAUUGGUCGUUGCUGUCGCCCAUUGCUUAACGAGGACGGGCACGCCAUUGGCUGUUUGAUGAGCAGGUUCAUUCCUUUAGAUCUGUCGACCCUUUUCAGAGGUGUCAUUGUCAAACACAGGUGUCACCCAUAAAGCUAAUUAAGGGUUGGCUCCUUUUUAUGUAACGGCGGGGUACUACUACCCCCGUGGCCUGGUACUAUAAAGGAGCUGACCCAUCAUUAGUGUAAUGAGCACACCCGUGCUUGUCCCACGAUGGCCUAUCAGGGAUGGGCCCGUACGCUCAGCUGCAGUCCUAUAUACAUACUGUUGUCCCAGCCUCAUGGGACGGUACUGCACCACGGUCAGGUCUAACACUAGAUCAGUGACGUCUUGCCUCAUCGCCGUGCCUUUUUAACUGAUCCGUGAACCGUGGACGGUGUCAUAUGUUCAUGCCUGGUGAUUCUAUGCACACUCUGUUGAUAUGCACUUUUGUCCGCACUUUUUAUGUGAAAUUCUUCUGCCUGCCAUUGGCACAUUAGGGAUAUGUUUGGUGAUGAGUUUUGUCUAAUAAAUGUUUUUUGAAUAAUGUUAAAAUAAAUAUAUAUAUCUGAAUUUGAAUUCCCUUAACCCAUUUAGCUACAAUUACAAUUUGACUUCAGUUUUUCUAAUGGAAGCUGCACUCCACACCACGGACGGGCUAUAAUGGUAAAUGAUCCUCAAACGCUUGCAUGUUUUUUUUUUUAUAUACACAUCUUGUUAUAUUUUCUAACCCUUUCUUCAGUGGCCAAAGUGCUGUAUUGAAGAAGAAAGAAACAUUGCAUAAUUAUUUAUGCAAUUAUGUUUGUGAAAAUAAUGCCAAAGAAAUAAACACUGAAAUGAAUUGA